AUGAAGUCUAUCAGUCGAAAAGGACUGCGCGAAUGGGCAGAUCUAGAGAACGUCCUCGAGAUUAUUGAGCAGUACGUGACCGAAACAGCAGAUAGCCUCAACCGCGCCCCAACCGGGAAGGCGGUGGGGAAGACUGGUUCCAAGGGCCCUUCGAUGACCAGUGAAGCUUACAGUAUCGACGAGUUGGAGGACAUAUCCGCAGGACCCCAGGCGUCACGACUAUUGAUCAGGAAAGACCGCAUCCUCGGUGAUCUUGAUAAGGGGAAGGUCGUGAAGCACGUCUUGUGGCAGAUGGUGACUUGCGCGCACAGUAAGUCCGAGUCACUCUCGUCCCUCUUCGUGCUGCGUGACAUUUACAUUCUCCAUUUAGACUGCAACACCGCCAAUCCGGACUUGCAACCGCCAUGGCAAGCACUCUCAAUACCUGAGUUCGCAAGCCAACUUCUUCAUGCCGACUGUAUACCGCCCGCGAUCGAAGUUCGGUUCGGCUAUAACAACUCUCACACUAGGUCCGAACACGCUAAAGCCUUCAUCAAUCACUGGACCGAGUUAGGAUUCUUGCAGUUCAACAAAAUAUGGAAGAACGGGAAGAUCUGUGAUCCUCUUCCAGCUGAGGAGCGCUGGCAUAUGCUACGACCUGCAGACGGACCUGACGGCUCCGACGAGGAAGAGCGUGACCAGGAGGGCGCUCAACCGGAUGCGCAAGGCGUUCUCCAACGGAAGUCCCCAUCUUACGGCAGCAAGGGGGCCAUUUUGCCCGUCAAGAUCACGAAUCCAGCAGGCUUUGAAGAGCCUAUACGCGAUACGGACCUACUCGAUCACGAAGAACCCUUCGAUCGUGUCAUCAGUUGGAGUUCUCGGGAGCCCAGCGCGCCUUGCUGGCACCCGCCGAACGUUGUGCCGAACGCAUCUUGGUGUCGGGGACAGUACAUUCAACAGGCGGCUCGGGAAGUUGGAGGAUUGGAGAUGCAGACCGUUCUCAAAGCUGCCGUUGCCUUGACUGGCUGUCCGCUGGACGAUAACUACAGCCUACCACUUGCCGUUUUAGACGCUUCGGCAUCAGUACCAUCUGCUCCCCUUACCGCUCGAUGGGACUGUCCGAGAGCCUGGCUUCAAUCCGACCUAGAAGUGGCCGCCUUGGCUAACUUUAUAUCACGGAAGCCAUGGACUAUCCGUAUCAAGGGCGGUGUUGUGUUCAGUGGCUAUUCUCAAGCUUGGAACGUCAUUCUUGCCACGCUGGUGUACGCCCGCGGUAGAGCGCACAAAGACGUACUUUCCAAUACACCGGUCCCCAACUGGGCGUUGUCCGGCCAGGACGUAGCUCAUGAGCUUGCUAAAGGAUUGACGUUCAGCCUUCCGUCACGCGCAAUCAUCGAGACCCUGCAGGCGUUUACGGAGUACUUGACCGAAGUGUCCCACAGACACCAGUAUCCUGGCGUACCACUGUCUUUGAUGUACACCCGAUUCGACGCUCGAAUGGAGUAUCUUCGCUGCCUGUUGAAUCCGGUGCCAGAGCUGGUCGACCUUAUGAAGGUCGUGCAGAAUAUGCCCCCUGGGUCCGUGGACGAUCGACCCCGUCCUUGUCUUCCUGAGAUGACCGUCGCUAUUGAGCGCUCAGCGGAUAUAGGAAGCCUUUGGAACUGGCCUCGCUGUGGCUUACCUUCUCCCGUGCACCGCAGGCAGGACGAACAAGCGCUGAUUGCAGACAUUAGGAGCUGGUGGUCUUCGGACGAGCUAUUCUUCUGCGAAGAAUCGGGAGAAGUUCAGACGCUAGAGAACGGUCUACAGCAUCUUCUACAAGCUGGCCUGAUAUGUCAGGAGCUGGCACAUCUUGAAGAGGACCGCGAAGACUCUGCGGGCAUUCUGCGGGAGAGCUGCCUACAGGAUGAGGAUUUGCGUGACUCGAUUAGGAAUGUUCUGGUGACAUUCGCUCGCGAUCACAGCACUAAAUUGAAGACCGCCUUAACGCCUGUCGAGGAUGAUGAAUAUGAAGCAAGAUCUCCUGCAGAAGCCGACGACGCAUAUGAUGGCGAAGACGUCGAUUUCACGCUCUCCGUGGCGGAAUUGGACGCCCGACUUCGACAGGAAACGGCGGGUCACGACAUGUACAUGCGGACAAUUGGCAAAUCCCUGGAGCUGGACGCGCUUGAUGACGCCAGAGCGGCGGCCAAUCAAGCUACCCGAAAGCAGCAGAACAAGGACAACCGCCAAAGAACAGGAAUGAUACACCCGCCCAAGGCUCACGUAGACGUGACGGCCGGUCCCGACCUUGCGUUCGUGAACGACGUCACGCUGCCUGAAGUGUCCCCGCGUGACAUAGUCCCCAAGAAGAAGCGCGUAGCGAAGAAGACCCCGCGAGUCCGAGCUCGCCCGGCAAAUCAGACGCUCGCGACCGUCAACCAUCGACAACGGGCACCCGAAGCGGCUCAGAAGCCUGCCCAAAAACGCAAAGCACCAGCGAAAGACGUCUCCUCGUUGCAGAAGAAACCACCGGCCAAGAGACGCCGCACAGCUUCUCUCUCAGCGGCGGAUGCGGAAGAGCAGGAGUCUUUCGAUAUUCACAAUAUCAGCGGCGACGAGUCGGAAGGGCUCGCGCCGUCCGCUACAAAUGAGGAUGGUUGCCGCGGGGAGAAUGUCACGGAGCCGGCGCCGCCGAAAGUAACGGCAAAGCCCAGACCCCGACGCGUUGUCCCAGGCAAUCCUGGUAGACCUGCCGCGGGGGUCAGUACUUCAUUCGCAGAGACUAAUGUCGCAGACUCCGACCUACCAAAGGACGCAUCCGAACUAGUGACCGGCGCGUCUCGAGGCAGGCGAUCAAGUCUACGGUCCUCAAAUCAAGAGAGCACUCCUGCGACCGUCGGUCCACGUACUCGGUCCCAGUCCCGUACGGUCCAUUUCGCGGAAGCGCCACCUUCGGCGUCAACGCGUAGUAAAUCAAGGUCGUAG